AAUGACCGUGACGAUGAAGGCGAAGCAUUCUAUUCUGUUGCCAGUUUAGCUCUGUCCUCGCUCCAAUGGCGACCAUCGCUAUGACUCUUACGAAGAUCAACCUCGUUCGAAUUUCUCCUUCUCGAUCCACUUCCUCCCGCUCUUCCUUCAAUCCUACGCGUUGUUCGUCAAUCCAGCAGGUCCAGGUUGAUUCAACAAUCGCUUGCGAACCUUGUAAUGGCAAAGGAUGGAUAGUGUGUGAUUUCUGUGAAGGGCAGAAGACAAAUGUGAAGGCCGAGAACAAUCGUGUCUACCGACGCUGUCCGUCUUGCCGCGCUGUUGGAUAUGUUCUAUGUUCGAAGUGCAAGGUUUUCAAGUGUGUUACUUUCCCAAACUACAGCGACGGUGUAGAUUUAUCUUUUUGAACGUCAGGUAUCUCUUGAAUUAUAUGAAAGUAUAGAGAUCUUUGUUGAAUACACAUUCUAUUGGAAACAUCUGUUGAUAUGAAGAAUACAUUUUUUAGCUA